GAUUUUGGAAGGACUUCGGAACUUCACAUGCCAAUGAUAUGAAAAGCUCACCUAUUUACGUUUUAGCCAAGGAAAAGAUUUUGUUCCAGUAGACAGUUUUAAUGCGAAAUGGCUCCUCAAUCCUUAACUUGCGCUAUUUGUGGUAAAUUGUUUAAAAAGUAUUCGUAUCUUCAGGAUCACAUGCGCAUACACUCUGGUGUGCGUCCAUACAAAUGCUUGCUUUGUGAUAAGGAUUUUCUACUAAAAUAUCAAGCCAAAAGACAUAUGAUGUCUCACACUCAAAAUACAGUCGCCCAUAUCAAAUGUGCAGAUGAAAACUGUCCACGGAGGUUUAAACUUGAAAGAACUAUGAGAAGACAUUAUGAAAGUGCUCAUGCCCUUCAUAAGUGCACAUAUGAUGGAUGUGAAUUGGCAUUUAGAAAGAAACAACAACUGAAAGCUCAUUUAGAAAUGCACAACCCAAUUACACUAAAAUGUCCAUAUGAAGGAUGUUCAUCGGUGUUUUGCAACAAAAGAAAUCUUGAGCGUCAUAUGGAAUGCCAUGAAAAAGUUUUCAAGUGUAAGAUUUUGGGUUGUGGUGUAUCAGUAAAAUCAUGGUUGGAAUAUAGGAAACAUGUAAAAUCACAUAAAAUUGUAAGUUGCAAGGAAUGUGACGUUGUAUGCCCUGAUGUUGCUGCGUUCAAGAAACAUUUUAAACAAAUGCAUACUAAACCAAAAGAACCCAAACCACCUAAAAAACCUAAAGAACCAAAAGUACCUGUGCAAGUUGUUUGUCAUUAUGAAGGAUGUGGUAAAACAUAUAGCAAGGGAUCAAAUCUGAACAAGCACAUCAGAGUGGUUCAUAAUGGUGUGAAGUUUCAUUGUCCAGUUGAAGGAUGUGAUAAAAAGUAUUCUUACAGGUCUUGUUUGAAAGAACAUUUGGCAUCUCAUGAGGUCAAAAGACAAAAAAGAAGUAAAAUCACUAGCUGCUAAACUUUCAAGAUAUAAUGGUGAACUUUGUGAUCUUCCGGUGACUUACGUUGAUCCAAACGAAGAAGAUUCAAGUGAGUCAGUAAAAGAACCUGACGAAAGUGCCUCUAGUCCCACUUAUAUGACGUCUCUCACAAAAGGAACACCAGACACCACUUUGGAUACAAGUGAAGAAAAGAUUUUAAAUUUAAGUUAUCUUUCCGACUCUUCAACAAACUUUUUCCCUCUGACAGUUGACGAUUCCCAAUCAAAUGUGUUGUGUUCAAGUGGAAUGACUUCCUUUGGCGUUUCAUUAAAUGAACAUACUCAGUUGUUAGAUUGUCCAUCGUGAUUGUGUUCUACGAUGUUUUUGUAAUUAACCAUGUUUGCUUUCAUCAGUUAUUAUUUAGGAUUUUGAUGAAGUAAUUUUUGGUUAUAAUAAAGUAUUUAUAGUGCUGUUA